AUGAACUGCAUAUGGCGAAGAAACGUCCAACGUUUCGUAGGCCUCGCAUAUUGUAAUCUUCAAAAUAGCAAAAGAAAAUCGAUUCACUUAGCUACCUUUUCUACAAUUCAAUCUAGUUUGAAUAAACCCUUCUUACUAAGUCCAGUUCACUGUACUUACAGUGUAAUUCGUCAAAAAUCUAAAAAGAAAAGGGACAUUGAUUCUGAUGAUGAAGAAGAGUUAUAUGAGGGAGAUGGAUCCCUAUCUAAGGAUUCAAAGGUCAUAAAGGUCAAUACUACCUCUUUGAGAACAGAUGGGGUUCUUAAAUUGGCUUUAGGAGUCUCACGAAACAAGAUAGAGCAACUCUUCUAUGAAAGUAAAAUCAGAGUCAAUGGAAAAAAGUUAUUGAAAAAAAGCAAUCCGGUUCAAGUUGAUAAUGAGAUAGAUGUAAUUAAGGGUUUAAGUCCUAAGAACCCAGACCACAUUUUAGUGUCAAGAGUUGAAGUUUUAAAUAUUGCUGCCAGGGAGGAGUCAAUAGCAAUUACUGUUAGAAGAUUUAAAAAUCUUCUAAUAGAAAAUUAUGAAAAGGACCCUUAUAAACCAUCUAGUUCAGAGGAACAAGAAUAA